CACUCCCCCUUACGAUUAUAGGCUCCGUCCCCAUUCCACAUCCUAUGAUUGCUCGAUCCGUAUUUCGCUCAGGUUUGUGCUGAGCUAGUUCCGCUUUGUCUUCCCGUCCUGCUGCCAGUCAUGCCUGGUCCUUCCGAGUCCCUAGCUCCACACCGAGUUGCAUCUUACCCAGGCGCAGAGGCCUCUUCGAUUUGCCACAACCCGAUCCCUCCAAUCGUGACGCGCAGCGAAGGUAACGGGCAGUCUGCGGCUCUACCCAUGAGCGAUCAUCGGGACCCCGAAGUUACGAAAAUAACCAGGUUCGCCAGAAGUAGUAACACCGCAUCGCUGGCCUUCGCACCGGGAACGCCCGCGCCGAACCAAACAGCUAGGACAGGCAGCAAGCCGAGCUUGAGCUUGGGGUCAGGAUCCCAAGAGAUGCGCGGCGCCGUUUCUUCCGAAGGGCCCGCGAGGGACAGUAGCGCAUCGCAUGCAGUCGGCGAGGUCGCCUUAGCAGGCCGAGAGCAGCGCGCACAGAUCGGCGGAGCGGAGAGGGAAGCGGAGGGGGGAGCGGAGAGGAUUGCGGAGGGGAUCGCCGAGGGGCGAGUGGAGGGGGAAGCGGAGGGGAAAGUGGAGGUGGGGCCGGAAGCGAGGGCGGAGGGCGGCAGUACCUCGAGUCGAGGUCGGCAGGUGCUGAUUCGGGUGAAGCGGAAGCGCGGGGAGGCGUCAUCUGACGUGAUCGUGGUGGAGGCGGCACCCAGGGGCGGCAGGACCAAGCUCGCGCGCAGCCACGUGGAGGCGCUCCAGGCGCUGAGCCUGGGCGGUGGCGGAGGGAAGGCGCAGGCGGCGCGGGAGGAGCGGGGGAAACGGGAGGAGAGGGGAGGAGCGGUCGCCGAGGAGGCAACGGCUCUGGAGGAUCGAGGGGGAGACGCGUCCGCUUCAACCGCUCCGGCGCCCCGCGGCGGGUCGUCGGGUCGGCGGCUGGUGUUUCGGCGCGUGGACUCCAUGCCGUGGGCGAGCCUCCGACACGCAGGGGCCGCCGACAGAACGCUCCGCCGACUAAAGCUGCAGCUGCUGCAGCAGCAGCAGCAGAGUGCGCCUCAUCAGGCGCAUCCGCACGAGCAGCAGCAGCAGCAGCAGCAGCAGCGGCGGCGGCGUGUGGCGGGAGCGCACGUGGCAAGCAGGGGGGAAGCCGAGAACGGUCACGCAGAGAAGUCUAAGUCGUCGCUCACGUCCGCGUCCUCGUCCGCGUCAGCGUCCGCGUCCGCGUCUGCUUCCGCGCCCGUGUUGGAGGAGCAAUGGCGCAGCGUGGCGGGCAGCAGCGCCCCCCGCCUGCGAGUGGCAGCCAGCAGAGCAAGAGAGGUCUCAAGAGCGCAGCGUCAUGCUCUUCUGCAGCAGAAGAGAGUUGGUGCCCCUGCUUGUGCCGCUGGAGGGAGGAGAGCAGGGAAGGAAGAGGACACCAGGGCAGGAAAUGAAGCCAGCAUGCCAAGCUUGGGGAAGGGGAAGGGUGCAGAAGCAGGCGCUGUUUUGGUGGAGGGGAGAAAACGGCCGGAAGUUGAGGGAGGGGAGCAGGAGGAGGAGGGAGGAGAGGGGGAGGAGGAGGGGGGAGGAGAAGGGGAGGAGGAGGAGGGGGAGUGGAUGCGGCUGUUCAAUGUGGUGGAUGCAGAGCAGGUGCGGGCAGCAGAGGAGGAAGCUGCUAGAAAGGCCAGGCGGAGAGAGCAGGCCCUCAGGGAGCGCGAGGCACGGGAGGGGCAGCUGGCGUGCAACUACCUGCCGCUGCUGAGGGAGUUCCUCCCAGAGGCAGCACGAGAGAUGGAGGAUAAGCUGCAGCAGCAGCACAGAGGCGCUGCUUCUGCUGCUGCUGCUGGUGAUGAUGAUGACAUCAGAGGUCAAUCUGGUUCAGAAGAAGGUCUCCUGUCACAGCAGCAGGAAGAGCAGCAGCAGCAGCGGCAGCAGCAGCAGCAGCAGCAGCAGCAGGACGCGGAUUCGGAUGAUGUGUGCGACCUGUAUUGCAUGGAGGGGUGUCUCUCCGAUGGCGAUGAUGACGUGGAAGGGCCGCUUUUCUCAUACCUCAAACACACUGCUGCGUACCCAACGUUGCGCAUAUGUGACAACCACAUGUUUGACGACAGUGGGGAGCCGAUCACUCUCGAUAAUGGCGGGGUGCUUCUCUCAGAGUCUGACAGUGAAGACUCCAAUGCGGAGAACAACCCUUUGAACGACUACGGGGAUGAGGACGAGGAGGAAGGCGAAGAGGCCAUGUGGGGAACGGAUGGUGACGAUGAGGAGUCCGAAGAGUUCGACAGCGACGAUGACUUCGACAUUUAAUGUGUUUGUUCGUAACUGUUGGAACCUUUUUUGCCUCCUUUUUCAUGUAUGAGUCCCUUUCAAUCUGUUUGUAAGAAUGGUUCGGGACAGUGGGGUUGAAGUUAUGCUGUUUGUCCUAUCUCUGCUGUAGGGUGACAUUGCAACAGCACAGCCUGGCCAGUUAC